AAAUAAAAAAUGCCCCCCUUUUGUACUUUCUUGAAUCUUUGAUUAUCAUUUGCCACACCCAAUCUGCUAAUUUUUCUCUACUCAUUAUUAUAGAUUAGAUACAGUAUUUUAAUCUGUGUGUAAUGAAUUUUUGCCCCCUUGUGUAAUAGAAAAGAGACGUGGGCGAGGAUCUUUCUCUCUUAUCUUAGAUCCAAGCUGUUGUCUUUACCUUCUUGGAAAAUUUCAGCUUUGCCACACGUAUACAGUUGGUGUGAGAUUCAGAAUUGAACUUGAAUCAGAUUUCCGUUUUUUAAGUAUCCGGUUUCGAUUAGUGGUUUGCGGGUUUUUUUUCUGCUCGGGAAGUAUCUGUUGAUGUUAUAAAUCUGGGGAUUGAAUCAGAUGAUUAGUGCCGAAUAGAAUUGCUGUCACUACAAGUCUACAAUGGGGGGACUUUGCUCGAGAAGGUCAACCGAUGACUCUGCAUUGGCCGGUGCACUGCCAGGUGUCAACGGACACUUCACUUACGGACCUGGAUUAGUUUAUCAGCCUCGUGGACUGAACACCCGAGAAGAGAACAUUCCAGCAACAGAAGCUACUUCCGAUAAACAUCCUAGAGAACCAUUCUCGUUCCCGGAGUUGACUUCGGUUUCUUACGGUACAAACUCGGAUAUCGACAUUAAUGAUGGAAUACCUCGUUUAUCCAGGGCCUUAUCUGAUAAAUCUAGAUCAGCAAGAUCAAAACAAGUUGCAAUUGCAAAGGUUUCGGAAGUGAGUUCGCUUUUAGGCCGAGCGGGUACAGUUAGCCUCGGAAAAGCCGUAGAUGUAUUGGAUACACUUGGUAGCAGCAUGACUAAUUUGAAUCUUAGUGGUGGUUUUGCAUCUGGGAUAGCUACAAAAGGACUCAAAAUAUCGAUUUUGGCUUUUGAAGUGGCGAAUACGGUUGUUAAAGGUGCCAAUUUAAUGCACUCCCUUUCAGACGAGAAUAUUCAAAAUUUAAAGGAGGUGGUGCUUCUUUCGGAAGGUGUUCAAAGAUUGAUAUCGACGGAUAUUGAUGAACUCUUAAGAAUUGCUGCUUCUGACAAAAGGGAUGAAUUGAAAGUAUUUUUGGGUGAAGUUAUUCGAUUUGGGAAUCGGUGUAAGGAUCCUCAGUGGCACAACUUGGACCGUUAUUUUGAGAAGUUGGAAACGGAACUCACACCUCACAAACAAUUAAAAGCAGAAGCGGAAACCGAGAUAGAGCAACUGAUGGUUUUGGUUCAUUUCACUGCUGAACUAUACCAUGAAAUGCAUGCACUGGACAGAUUCGAACAGGACUGUAGACGAAAAGCUCAAGAAGACGAUAAUUCCACUGCUGCGCAGAGAGGAGACAGCCUUUCGAUUUUACGAGCGGAACUGAAGAGUCAAAAGAAACACGUGAAAAGCUUAAAAAAGAAGUCGUUGUGGUCUAAAAUCUUGGAAGAGGUGAUGGAGAAGCUUGUCGACAUUGUUCACUUUCUACAUUUGGAGAUCCAUUCAGCAUUUGGUAGCAGUGAUGAAAACAAGCCGGUGAAAAACAACCAUCAGAAGUUGGGAUCUGCCGGACUUGCGCUUCAUUACGCAAAUAUCAUCACGCAGAUUGAUACACUUGUGACGAGAUCGAGCUCCGUUCCACCAAGUACAAGAGAUUCUCUUUACCAAGGACUGCCACCGUGUCUAAAAUCAGCUCUUCGGAACAAAUUACAAUCUUUUCAUCUCAAUGAAGAGUUUACUGUUCCGCAAAUCAAGGCAGAAAUGGAGAAAACACUGCAGUGGCUGGUCCCGAUGGCCACCAAUACAACUAAGGCCCACCAUGGAUUCGGUUGGGUUGGAGAAUGGGCGAAUACCGGGUCGGAUAUGAACCGUAAACUCUCCGGUCAAACCGAUUUGCUCCGUAUCGAAACUCUUCACCACGCGGACAAGGAGAAAACCGAAGCCCACAUUCUCGAUUUAGUGGUGUGGCUUCACCAUCUCAUCACCCAAUCUAGGGCUGCAAACGGAGGGAUCAGAUCGCCCGUAAAAUCCCCGAUCAGAUCGCCCAAUCAGAAGACACUCCAUCUGUCAAGCCACAAGCAAAACUCUCCACCUUCCACACUGUCGGUCGAGGACCGUGAGAUGCUUCUAGAAGUCAGCAAACGGAAACUGACACCUGGCAGGAGCAAGAGCCAGGAGUUCGAUACGACGACAGCCAGGUUAUGCAAGCACAACAGGCUCAGCAAGAGCAGCAGUCACUCACCGACGAGUGAGCAUAGCAGCAAGAGGGAGGACGAUCCUUUCCCUAUUAGAAGGACGCUUUUUUCUCUUCCGUCCAUUGACUUCGAGAUCGAUCGGGUCAAAGCGUUGGAUGUCAUUGAUCGAGUCGACGCGAUUCAAUGACGAGAGUGUCUGAAUUUUUUUUUCUUCUGGUGCCUGGCCCAUUUUAGCAAGUUUGCGCUGUAAAGAGUUUUAAUCUUUGUGUAUACUGUUUUUUUUUAUAUAUUUUUUGUUCGUUUUUCUGUGAAAUUACGAAAAUGGGGUGCGGGGGAGUGCUCGUCGGGUGCUAUUUUCAUCGGGUAUCUGUACAGAAAAGAAGUAUAUUUACUUUUAGUGAGAUCUAUUCUGCUUUUAU